AUGCUUACUUCGGUUGUUGCAGCUGUUUUGUCAACGGCGGCCGCUGCGUCGGCGUGCGUUCCACCAACCGAACCUCUCUCCAACAAUAUUCCAGAGGGAUUCGGUAUCCAAAUUCAGAAUGUCUCGGUUCCCGUUAUUCACAACCGGUACAUCAACCUUUGGUCGGCGGGCGGUGGCGAUCAGCACCUCUACCUCAGCCCAGCUGGAGAUUCUGCAUUCAACUUGACUCUCGUAAACGGCGUCAUCUCCCGGGGUAUCAUCCACGCAGUCAUCAAUGGAGAGUACACCGCAGAUGACAACACUACCAAGAUGUUCAUGACGCAGCGUGGAGACCCCAAAGCCUUUUUUCAACCAGUCUACGGAUGCAACCCGGACACGGAUGCCGUUCAGAUCGAAUUGGACUUUGUAUCCAGGGCCUCCUUGCCUGGCGGUUUCAUUUGCUUCCGAAGCGCAUCAGGAGAGAGACACGAGGCCAGGUAUUCUCCUCCUGGAAACACUGUCUUCAGGGCGGACCGUCCUUGUUUUGAGGUCACGUUGGCUGUUGUUCCCGUUCCUACGGCCUGA